UCGAGUGGUUGUGUUGCAAUCUCGUGCUUCCCGAAACGAUGUCUAAGCUGCAUUUUGCUGUGAUAACAGUGAGUGAUACGUGCGCGGAAGAUGCGAAACUCGAUCGCAGCGGACCGGCCUUGAAGAACUUUCUAGAGACAAAAUUUCCCAGUUGCUCAAUCCACUGCCAAAUCAUCCCAGAUGAGCAGGCAGUCAUUGAGUCCCUUCUCAAAGCCUUGUCCGACAUCAAUUCCGUAAAUGCUAUCUUCACAACUGGCGGGACGGGCUUCGCCCCGCGUGAUGUGACCCCGGAAGCCACGCGGAACGUCAUUGAGAAAGAAGCUCCGCAAUUAUCUCAAGCGAUGCUCAUCGCCAGCUUGGCCGUCACGCCCAUGGCUUCCCUCUCGAGGGCUGUGUGUGGAGUGCGAAAAGCCACGUUGAUUGUCAACCUUCCGGGCAGCCCAAAAGCUGUCCGGGAGUGCCUGGAGGCUAUUUAUCCGGCGCUGCCGCACGCGAUCAGUCUGCUAAGAGGAGACUCCAAGGCUGUGGCCACAGCUCACAAGGAGCUCCAGAUGGGAAAGUGCGAUUGCUCAGGAGGAGCAACGUCUGAGCGAGGCUCAAAAUUCCCUAUGAUGGAGCUCAAGGAUGCCCUGGAAGAGGUCUUCAGAGCCACAGAAUCAUAUCGCCAAAAGCCUACGACGAUUGUCAGUCCUCUGUCUCUCCCGCCCUUCCGGGCGUCCAUCAAGGAUGGCUACGCCGUGAAGUCCUGCGGCGGCGGCGGAAGGAAGAAAGUGUUGGGCAACGUUGCUGCUGGCUUCGCUGCCAUCGAAGAGGACUUCAGUCCUGAUGCCUGCUUCAAGAUCAACACUGGAGCGCCAGUGCCGACUUUUGCCGACGCUAUUGUUCAGGUGGAGGACACGAAAUUGUUAGAGACUGACGGAGAUCAGGAGCAAGUGAUAGAGAUUCUGGUGGAGCCCACAGAGAAUUGCGACAUCCGACCGAUUGGCUGUGAUAUUGUGCAAGGCGAGGAGCUUUUCCUCGCUCAACCGCCCUUCUGUGCUGCUAAAAUCGCUCUGGCGGCUUCAGUGGGUCUCGCAGUGCCCCCAGAAGAGCCCAUCAAGAUCGCCAUUAUUUCCACGGGCGAUGAAUUGAUUUCUACAGCGGAAGGAAAGCUCUCAAGCGGUCAGAUUUACGACAGCAACACGCCGAUGCUGAAGAAAUUACUGGAGAACUUUGGCUUCCACGUGAACUCCACAAUGAUUGCUGGAGACACUUUUGACGGGCUCAAGGCUUCGGUGGAGCGUGCUUUUAAAGAAAACACACUCGUGAUCUGCUCAGGUGGCGUUUCGAUGGGCGACAAGGACUUUGUCAAGUCUGUCUUGAGAGAUUUACGCUUCGAGAUACGCUUUGGGCGUGUCAACAUGAAGCCCGGAAAGCCCGUGACGUUUGCCGUGAGGAGAGAUGGAGAGAAGAAGUUGUUCUUCGGACUGCCUGGGAAUCCAGUGUCGACAUUCGUCACAUUCCAUCUGCUGGUGCUGCCGAUGCUGCGCUUCAUCGCCAAUCAGCCGCGACAGAAGUGUUGCUUGCCGGUUAUCAAGAUGAAACUGCUCAACGAUCGAAUCCCUCUCGAUCCUCGGCCGGAGUUCAUGAGAGCCUCCGUGAAGUCCAUUGGCGGCGAAUUGUGGGCGUCAGUGACGGGAAAUCAGAUAAGCAGCCGCCUGAAAAGUCUGAUCGAAGCUGAUGUGCUGCUGCAUGUUCCUAUGAAGGAUGCCGGAAAGAGUUCAAUUGCCAAAGGUGAAGUUUUGGACGUUACAAUUCUAAAGCUAGAUUUUAUCUCAGGGUCUUAGUUAAGAGAUGGGAUUAUUAAUUCGAGGUUUCUCGCUUUUUACCCGUCAAAAAAAAACGCUAUUUGCCAAUACUUUGGGAUCCAAUUGGAAAGAAGACUUUUCAACACUUAAUGCUACUGAUUGUAGUCUUUUUGAUCUUAUUCGAUGUUUUAAUACAUUGGUAAGAUAAUUGAUUAAUAUUUGAAGUACUUUCUUGAAGAACUAGAAAUGUAUUUCUUCUGCACUUUUGUAACUGAAAAAAAAGAAGAAAUUCAAUUAAUAUCCGGCUCGAAGGACCAAAUAUUUUAUUGGUUUUUUAUACGAAAUUAGAGAUUUAAUUAAAAUUCCGGUUAGAAGGACCAAAUAUAUAUUGAUCUAUUAUGAUUGAUAGUAUUGGUGAAACUAAUAUGCUGCAUUACAGCUUAAUGUUAAUGUUGUAGAAAUCUAAUUAAAAUUCCGGUUAGAAGGACCAAACUAUUAUUCGUUCUUUUUUAUGUGAAUGUCCGCUGUCCUUUUGAAUGACAAACGAUAUUCAUAUUUCGGUCAGAUUGACCAAUUUUUGUUAUAUAUUCCUAAAUGAUUUUUAGAGAAUCUAAUUAUAAUCCGGGUCGAAGGACCAAUGAAUUAUUGAUUUACUUGUAUUUAAUAUCAGCUGUGCUGAUGUGGCAAAUAGCGUUUCUUGGGCAUAUUUAGUUAACAAAUAAAGGAAGGAAAAUGUCACGUUUUUAUAUACAUGUUAAAGUUUUGAAUGAAAAAGGGAAUGGGAAUAUCAAAUAAUUGAAUGAUAGCACAUUCACUUUCUUACACUGUUUAAGGGAAUGAACACUCGAAAAAUGUUAAAACUAUACUGUUUACUGUUUAGACUGUUUACAAUUAUACGUGGAGCCUUUGCAGUUCACAAAAAGCUAAAAAUUGACUGAUGUAAUACAUUUUUUAAUAAAAUUAUUGUGUACAAUUUUUACUUCUAUGCGGAAACAAAUCUAUAUCACAAAUAAAUUUUCAUAGAAUUUUUUUUUAACACAAAUCAGAUUAUUCAUACUGUAUAAUAUGAUGGUUAAAAAGCAGAAAUGAAAAUGUUUACCGAAUAAAUUAAAAAAAG